GACAUGGCCACAUUAACCGUGCAGCCGAUGAACGAGGGCGUUUGUGAAUUCACGCAUUUUACUUUAUGAGUUCAAACAAAAUGUUGUGUUUAUUCAAAAUUAGUAUUUUGUACUUAACACUGUUUUUAUUUGUUUUGGCGCAAGAUCCCGUUGCUAAUUUACCACAGGGUCGUAUUGUCGGGAUAAAAGUUUACACUGAAGGAUCUCGUACACCUGUUGAGAUUUAUUUCGGUGUUCCUUAUGCAGUUGCGCCCGUUGGAAGAUAUAGAUUUUCAGCUCCUGAACGGCAUCCCGGGUGGAGACGUACUUUAUUUGCACAUCGCAUGCCACCACAUUGUCCCCACGAAGGAGACCCUGAAAGCGAGCAUUCCGCAGAAGAUUGCUUGUAUCUCAACAUUUGCACGCCGCGGCCCGCUGAUGGAUUUGCCCUGCCCGUUAUUGUGAUAUUCUACAGUGAAUCAUGGACACGAGGUGGACCGGUGUUACCCUGUCAAGAAUUAGCCAGUGAAGGUGUUGUGGUGGUGACGGUGGCAUAUCGUCUACAUAUAUUGGCGUUUUUUACGCUAAGACUAUUAUCAGCGCGCGGCAAUCUUGCGUUGCUAGAUCAAUAUCUAUCUCUUCUCUGGGUACGAGACAAUAUAGCAGCUUUUGGCGGCGAUCCUACAUCCAUUACUGUUCUAGGACACUCUGCAGGAGCCGAUAGCAUUUUGUACCACCUUGCAUCACCGCGAGCUAUUGGUUUAUUUCAACGAGCUGUGUUGAUGUCACCACAAUAUAUUUGGGAAAUCAUCGAUGAACAAAACGCAUCAAAUGCUAGUGAAGUAGAAAAAAUAUCACGUGAAAUAGCGAAUGCUUUGGGAUGCCAAAGUGAAAGUGAUUUAGAAAUUUUAAAUUGCAUGCGCAGUCGCCCAAUGCCGAAUAUACUGUCCGUGUAUAGGAAUGCACAUUGGAGUAAAGGAAUGCAACCUACAACUGAUGAGUACCUACCGCAGUCAGAACGAUAUUUACCUUCUACGCUGAUGACAGCAUUAUCGUCAAUGAAACCUCAGAUUUCGCAUAUCGAUCUACUUUUUGGCACAACGGAUCUUGAAAUUUUAAGUAAUAAUGAUAAAAAUUACGAAGAAUUGAUGAAGCUAAGCUCGUCAAAUAUAUCUGAUUAUACGAACGAAAAAGCAAUACCUAGGAUUUUAAGAAUGUUUUCUUUCCACGGGACCAGAGAAUUGCCAAUGCUUGUUCGAGCCAUACGUUGGGAAUAUUGGUCUGAAAAUAAAUAUAGAUCAAAUAAUGAGAAUAUAGACAGUGUAGAAAAUUUAGCCCGCAUAGAAUCUACGGCGAGAUGGGGUGUAGGUGGCGCAUUAUUAGCGGCAAGAUUGGCACGUCGAUAUUCAAAACUAUACGUGUAUCGUUAUUCACAACCGGCGGGUGUAGAUAUUCUCGGAAGACAAUUUAACUUUAGCGGUGCUGUACACGGAACGGAUUUAGUAUCAUUGCUAGGAAACGCAUUAAUGCUUCAAGUAGCACGCCGCGCCGCUACCAAUGAUGAAAAACGGCUAACAUCGCAGUUUCGUCAAUAUAUAAAAAAUUUCGCUAAAUAUGGGUCUCCUGGAAGUUCUUCAGAAUGGCAACAAUAUGGAGUUGGUGAUGCUCAAAUAUGUGAUAUUCGUGAUGAAUCCUCUCAUGCGAAUUCCUUCAGUGCUAGUAAAGAUGUAAAAUUUUGGCUACAGUAUUUACCGGAACUAGUCAAUCUUAUUUCAUCAUUUGAAGGCACAGAACAGCUUUCAUUGGAACGAGGUGAAAGCAGGCUACGUGGUGGUGUAUUUGCCAUGUGUGGAGUUUCGACCAUCCUACUUUUACUGUUGGCCGUAUGUGCGAUACUGUUACGGAGACAUCGUUCCGGUCGAUAUUCAGUGCCUGAUGAGUCUUUACACUAAUAAAUAGUCGUUACAGA